GGCGGAGGGGCCGGGCGGGCUUCGUAACACCGUGUGCUUCCGCGGCUGUGGGGUCGCUUGGGGCCUCGUGGCGGGGCUGCUCCGCAGGCUUCGCGCGUUCCUUUGCCUUCCCGUGUCCUCUCACGUCGUCCGGCGGGGCCGCUCUGUAGCCAGAGACCGGAGGAAGGUGAAGAACUGUCACCAUGUCUGGAAUCAAGCGAACAAUCAAAGAAACUGACCCUGAUUACGAGGAUGUAUCUGUGGCCCUUCCAAACAAGCGCCAUAAAGCAAUUGAGAAUUCAGCUCGAGACGCAGCUGUACAGAAGAUUGAGACUAUUAUCAAAGAACAGUUUGCUCUUGAAAUGAAGAAUAAGGAACAUGAAAUUGAAGUCAUUGACCAGCGACUCAUUGAAGCAAGAAGGAUGAUGGAUAAACUUCGUGCCUGCAUUGUAGCAAACUACUAUGCUUCUGCAGGUCUCCUGAAAGUUUCUGAGGGAUCAAAGACAUGUGAUACAAUGGUUUUUAAUCAUCCUGCUAUCAAGAAAUUUUUGGAAUCACCAUCUAGGUCAUCAUCUCCUACCAAUCAGAGAUCAGAAACACCAUCUGCUAAUCAUUCAGAAAGUGAUUCUUUGUCUCAACACAAUGACUUCCUGUCUGACAAAGACAAUAACAGCAAUAUGGAUUUGGAGGAAAGACUCUCAAACAACGUGGAGCACAGAACAAGCCAAAACACUGGCAGGGACACUUCUAGUGUUACUGGCUCCCAUAAAAUGGAACAGCGGAAUGCUGAUCUCAUAGGAGAUGAGACUUCACGGCUUUUUGUAAAGAAAACAAUAGUCGUGGGCAAUGUGUCCAAGUAUAUACCUCCGGAUAAGAGGGAAGAAAAUGACCAGUCAACACAUAAAUGGAUGGUGUAUGUCCGAGGGUCUCGUAGAGAACCUAGCAUUAAUCAUUUUGUCAAGAAAGUUUGGUUCUUCCUUCAUCCUAGCUAUAAACCAAAUGACCUUGUGGAAGUUAGAGAGCCUCCUUUUCACCUGACCAGAAGAGGCUGGGGUGAGUUUCCUGUCAGAGUUCAAGUUCACUUUAAGGACAGCCAGAACAAGAGGAUAGAUAUCAUACAUAAUCUGAAGCUGGAUAGAACUUACACUGGCUUGCAGACCCUCGGGGCAGAGACGGUAGUGGAUGUUGAACUCCAUCGGCAUUCUCUUGGAGAAGACUACAUUUAUCCUCAGUCCUCUGAGUCAGAUAUCUCUGAUGCCCCUCCAUCUUUGCCUUUGACCAUUCCAGCCCCAGUGAAAGCUUCCUCACCAAUAAAGCAGUCCCUUGAGCCAGUAUCUGAUACCUCUGUGGAGAAAGGAUUCCCAGUCAACACUGAAUCUGAGAGACACACUACAUUUUAUUCUUUGCCAUCUUCAUUGGAAAGAACACCAACCAAAGUGACAGCAGCUCAGAAAGUUACCUUUUGUUCCCAUGGCAAUUCUGCUUUCCAACCAAUAGCAUCAAGUUGCAAAAUUGUGCCACAAAGUCAAGUUACUAAUCCUGAGUCACCUGGGAAAUCCUUCCAGCCCAUCACCAUGAGCUGCAAGAUUGUUUCAGGCUCCCCAAUAUCAACUCCAAGUCCAUCACCAUUGCCUCGAACCCCAACUUCCACUCCAGUCCAUGUGAAGCAAGGCACUACCAGCUCUGUUAUAAAUAAUCCUUAUGUUAUCAUGGAUAAACCUGGGCAGGUUAUCGGGGCCUCCACUCCCAGUACAGGAAGUCCUACAAACAAGCUCUCUACGGCUUCUCAGGUCUCCCAAGGAACAGGUUCCCCUAUUCCUAAAAUUCAUGGAAGUAGUUUUGUAACCUCUACUAUAAAGCAGGAGGAGUCUUUGUUUGCCUCUAUGCCACCUCUUUGCCCAAUUGGGAGUCACCCUAAGGUUCAGAGCCCUAAACCUAUAACUGGAGGACUUGGAGCUUUCACAAAAGUCAUCAUCAAACAGGAACCUGGGGAAGCCCCUCACGUGCCCACAACAGGAGCUGCCAGCCAGUCACCGCUCCCUCAGUAUGUGACUGUGAAAGGGGGUCACAUGAUAGCUGUGUCCCCGCAGAAACAGGUCAUAAGUGCUGGAGAAGGGACUACCCAGUCACCAAAGAUUCAGCCCUCCAAGGUUGUUGGGGUGCCAGUCGGGUCUACCUUACCUUCAACAGUGAAGCAGGCUGUGGCAAUCAGUGGUGGCCAAAUCCUUGUGGCCAAGGCCAGCUCUUCUGUUGCCAAAGCAGUUGGUCCAAAGCAAGUUGUGACCCAAGGAGUCGCCAAAGCAAUUGUGAGUGGAGGUGGAGGAACCAUUGUUGCUCAGCCAGUGCAAACCUUAACCAAGGCUCAGGUUACUGCUGCAGGCCCUCCGAAGAGUGGAUCCCAGGGCUCAGUAAUGGCAACAUUGCAGCUACCAGCCACUAAUUUGGCCAACUUGGCAAAUUUGCCUCCAGGCACUAAGCUCUACCUUACCACAAACAGCAAGAACCCUUCAGGAAAAGGAAAACUACUGCUGAUCCCUCAAGGAGCUAUCCUGCGAGCCACCAACAAUGCUAACCUCCAGUCCAGCUCUGCUGCUACUGCUGGUGCAGGAGGAGGGGGAGGUGGUGGAGGCGGCAGUGGAGCAGGAGGAGCCCAAAGUGCCACCAGCCCUGGAGGGAUCUCCCAGCACCUGACUUAUACAUCCUACAUCCUCAAGCAAACUCCUCAGGGGACAUUUUUAGUUGGCCAGCCAUCACCCCAGACAUCUGGAAAACAACUGACUGCUGGGUCAGUGGUGCAAGGAACGCUGGGAGUCAGCACAUCACAGGGACAACAGACGUUAAAAGUCAUUUCUGGACAGAAAACUACUUUGUUUACACAGGCAGCCCCUGGAGGACAGGCAUCUCUAAUGAAAAUAUCCGAUAGCACUUUGAAGUCUGUUCCAGCCACUUCACAACUCUCAAAGCCUGGAACCACAAUGCUUCGAGUAGCAGGAGGAGUUAUCACAACUGCUGCCUCCCCUGCAGUGGCCCUCUCAGCAAAUGGUCCAUCACAACAGUCUGAAGGAACAGCUCCCAGUUCAUCAUCUACUAUUGGUUCUGUAAUGAAAAAUGCUGGGCAACCCCAAGUGUGUGUGAGCCAGGCCGCCGUGGGAACCUGUAAGACUGCGACUCCCACUGUCGUCAGUGCCACGUCCCUGGUGUCCACACCAAACCCCAUCUCCGGGAAAGCCACAGUAUCAGGAUUGUUAAAGAUUCACUCCAGUCAGUCCAAUCCCCAGCAGGCUGUCCUGACAAUUCCCAGCCAGCUCAAACCACUCAGCGUAAACACUUCUGGAGGUGUGCAGACUAUCUUGAUGCCUGUGAACAAAGUGGUUCAGUCAUUUUCUACCAGCAAAUCACCUACUGUUCUGCCUAUAGCUGCCCCAACUCCAGCUGUCCCCAGCUCUACUCCAGGAACUGUUGCAAAAGUGAAGACUGAACCAGAAACUCCUGGGCCAAGCUGCCUGUCACAGGAGGGUCAGACAGCGGUGAAAACAGAAGAAAGCUCUGAGCUGGGAAACUAUGUCAUUAAGAUAGACCAUUUGGAGAGUAUGCAGCAGCUCUUAACAGCUGUAGUCAAGAAGAUUCCAUUAAUCACUGCAAAAAGUGAAGAUGCCAGCUGUUUUUCUGCAAAGUCUGUGGAGCAGUAUUACGGCUGGAACAUUGGAAAGAGGAGAGCUGCUGAGUGGCAAAGAGCAAUGACAAUGCGAAAAGUCUUACAAGAAAUACUGGAGAAGAACCCAAGAUUCCACCACCUGACCCCCCUUAAAACCAAGCACAUUGCUCACUGGUGUCGCUGCCAUGGCUACACCCCACCAGAUCCUGAGAGCCUGCGGAAUGAUGGGGACUCCAUUGAGGAUGUGCUGACCCAGAUUGACAGCGAGCCAGAGUGCCCAUCAUCAUUCUCCUCCGCUGACAACCUCUGCCGGAAACUGGAGGACCUGCAGCAGUUUCAGAAAAGAGAACCAGAGAAUGAGGAGGAGGUGGACAUCCUCAGCCUGUCAGAGCCAUUAAAGAUAAGCAUCAAAAAGGAGCAGGAAGAGAAACAAGAAGAAACAAAAUUCUACCUGCCACCAACUCCAGGUUCUGAAUUUGUCAGUGACAUCACACAGAAGAUUGGGAUCACACUGCAGCCUGUGGCACUGCACAGGAACGUGUAUGCAUCAGUGGUAGAGGACAUGAUCUUAAAGGCUACAGAGCAGCUGGUGAGUGACAUCCUGAGACAGGCGCUGGCUGUUGGGUACCAGACAGCAUCUCACAACAGGAUUCCCAGAGAAAUUACCGUGAGUAACAUUCACCAGGCCAUCUGCAGCAUUCCUUUUCUGGACUUCCUCACAAACAAACACAUGGGGAUAUUGAAUGUGGAUCAGUGAACACAGUGAAGAUGCUCCUGGAAAGGCAGGAUUGGAAGCUCUGUCUGAACUUGGGAACUGUGGUGACUUCUGGGGAAUGAGGUUGUUUUCUGUGUGUCUCAGAAUAUUGUGGCCACCAAGCCAGUGCCUCUGCUCAAGUAAGUAACAGCAGAGUGUUUAGUUCCAGGUGAAACCCUUCUAGGACAGAAGACUGAUUCCUGAUUCUGGAGUGAAGCUGAGUGAAUAAGUGAUCUGACAGCUUGUAUUUCUUCACCUCCGUAAAUGCUCCAGGAGGGGUCUUACGGGGCAGGGCAGGCUAGACUGGGUGGGCUGGGGUUUCCCUGAAGAGAGAUUGGGUUUCACACUAAGUAAGUGGUUCUCUGCACCCACCUGGCCUUGGUGUGGAAGGUCUCCACUCCCAAGUUUGUCAGCUACAGGAAGAGAUAAUGCCAUGUGAAAAACCUCUGAGAGGCUGCAGAUGGGGCCCAAGAGCAUGACCUUUGCAGAUAGAGUCAAAGCAGUGUCACAGGGUGACCAGAUCCCAGCAAAAGGCAGGAAAAGGUUUGAACCAAACUCAGAACACUGUGAAUGUUAGUAUAUAUAGACAGCAUGGAGCUUCUGCUGCUGCCUUCACAAGUGGCCAGGAGAAGCAGCCUCUGGACACUCUUAGCCAGCAUUAUUUGUCCUCUCAGUGGACCUAGGGCCCUUUUUUUCCUCUGACAAGGAGUUUUUUCCAAGAUGAAAGUGUUUAAAAGAAACACCUAUGAGUGCCUUAGAGUUGGAGACUGCUGGAGCCCUGAGUCAGGGAUGCCAGUGCUCAAAAGGAGAAGAGCUCAUGUCCACAAGCAGCAUGCCCCUCAGUGGGAGGGAGGAGCAGCCAGGAGGAAGACAGUUAGCAGUGCCCAGCAAGGGGUCCAGACCUCACAUAGGUGUCAGGAGAGCAAAAGAGAGAACUUAAUCCCAUACGAGCCUAUUCAUAUUCUGCUUGAAGAAAGCUUGAAGUCGCUGAAUCAGAAUAAGAGAAACUAUCCAAGCAACAUGAUUGAUUGAGGUUUGCAUGGGUACCAGAAGUGCUUUUGUCAGGAAAUUAAUGCAGAGUGACUGAAGAAAAUUUGCCUACCUAAUUCAACAUCUGAGAGUUGCUAGUGCAGAGUCUACUCAAUAGGGCUUAGGGCACACCUGCUUAAUAAUCUGGGUAAGUACAUAAGGCUCAAGUAUUCUAUACAUAAUCUACCCCAUGAAAGACUGAUAGGUGCACAGACUUACUCAGCAGGUGGACUGAGUGAGGCCAGCAGGGUGGAAGAUCCAAAUGAGAACAGGUUCGUUUAGUACAGGUAUGAAAACUUGAGAUUUAUCUUUUCACUAAGGAAAUAUUAAAUGAUUUAACAGUCUUGUGAGUUAAUGUUUCAGAUGUGUUUCUGUCGUGAUGUGUAACAUAAUUGCGUAACCAGAGCGUCCACAGUAACCUUUAGCAUGGUGAGAGGCCUCUGAGUGGGAAGCACUGUGCUUAGGCUGCUUCUUCCGUUGAGGUUGAGGGAGGCACUGGAACGGGCAAGGCACAGGCUUUUGUGAGUUUGAAUCAAUUCCUCUACUUCUUGCCAAAAAGAAUUUGCAGCCACACAAAAUGAGAAGGAUUGCAGUCACAUAAAAGUUGGUACAUGUUGACCAUGGGCCUAACUAUUCCUGACAGGCAGUGCGGGGCGGAGGAAGACUGCAGAAAUGAAUGCUGUUUGCUCAAAACCAAAGCAGAGGGAAACAGUGCAUAACAAACACACUGGUGUAUCUAAUGAGUUGAAAGUGGCCUCUGCUGAGGUCCAGAAGUUACUUCUGUGACACAGUCCUUAGGCUGUGACCAUCUUCUAGCAUAUGGCUAAAAAAAAUUCAAUGCAGAAACGAGCUGAAAUGCUCAGAAAACUUGAAUUCUUUGAAGGCAGUAAUUGCUGUAAGAAGGUAGCUUUCUGGGGAUCAGACUUCCUAUUGGUCACAAUCAAGAAAGCUGAGUAGCCUGGAGGAAUCAGAAGAGGGGCACACUCAGGCUUACCUUCUGGAAUGGAAUGGUAGUUGUCUCAGCCAGGGUGUGGACAGAGCUGCAGAGCAUCCAUGUCACAAGAAUACUCAAAGGGGAAUUGAUCAAGGAGCCCUGCAUGAGUAGGGACAACAGUCAACUCGAGAAGCCUCUGCUGGACUGUAGGGCCACCAUCCAGCAAGGGCCUAGCUUUUCUCAAAAGUUGCUGUUUUGUUUGGCCUGAAGUCCUGGAGUUCUAUCCUGUGGAGCACAGAGAGAUGGACUUUGAUCUAAAUGACUUCAAGCCCCCUUGACUUGUGAAAGGACCUCGGGAGCUUUCCACCUGGACUUCACAGCCGAUUGAGGCAGUUCCUACAGUGGUCACUUUGAUGUUAGGAUG